AUGGCGCUGGGAUUAUUUUGUGGCAUAGAGGAUCUGCUGGCCUCUGGAAGUCAGUUAGUGUGGACUGUGGCUGAACAGGUGCUGAGGAGAUGCUACAGUGAUGGGCUUGUACCCUGUAGGAGGUUCCUGCAGACAUGGUGUCAUCUGGGAGAUGUUUACCAGAUGGCGGAGGGCCGGCUGUGUCAGGUGCUUCUGCUAGAUGACAGGCAGCUGGAACUGCUAGUCCAGCCAAAACUGUUGUCCCGGGAUCUCCUGGAUCUGGUUUCAUCACAUUUUAACCUAAAGGAGAAAGAAUACUUUGGAAUCUCCUUCAUUGAUGAGAAGGGGCAGACGAACUGGCUUCAACUGGAUCGCAGGGUGCUGGACCAUGACUUUUCCAAAAAGAGUGGACCUCUUGAGCUCAAAUUCCAAGUCAGAUGCUUCUCUCUCUUGUCCUCUAGUGAAGAUAAAGUAAUCAAGCAUUAUAAGAAGCUGAAAGGCCUCAGUCGUGGACAGGCUAUCAUACGGUAUCUGACCUUAGUUGAAUCCUUGCCCGCAUAUGGAGUUCAUUACUACAAAGUGAAGGACAAACAGGACAUACCGUGGUGGCUGGGGGUUAGCUACAAAGGCAUUGGCCAGUACGACCUGCAAGACAAGCUCAAGCCACGAAAGCUCUUUCUGUGGAAACAGCUUGAAAACCUGUAUUUCCGAGAGAAGAAGUUUGCUGUAGAGGUCAGUGACCCUCAGAGAAGAACAACUUCUAGACGCACAUUUGGUCAAUCUGGUCAGGUCAUCUACGCGUGGUAUGCCAGCCAUUCUCUGAUCAAAACCAUCUGGGUGAUGGCCAUCAGCCAACACCAGUUCUACCUGGACCGCAAGCAGAGUAAAGCUAAAAUAACUACAGCAAGAAGUUUGGGUGAUAUUGCCAUGGAUCUCACAGAGAAUGGUGCUCCAAGGAACAGUAAGCUGGUCAGCAUGGAGAGUAAAGACAAGCUCAUCAUGGCCAGCAAUGGAAGUUUGGUCUCUUCCAAUUCUGGAGACAAUGAAGUGAAUGAGGAACAGAAGAAAGAGAAGAUUGCAGAACUGAAGAACAAACAGGAGAGCAUAAAAGAAAUUCUGGCACUCAAGGAAGAAGAGCUGAAGAAAAUUUGUCUCCGGGAAGCUGAGUUGACCGGUGUGUUGCCUAAGGAGUAUCCUUUGGCACCAGGAGAGAAGCCCCCUACUGUUCGAAGGCGCGUGGGAACUGCUUUCAAAUUGGAUGACCUUUUCCCUUAUGAUGCUGAUCCUCAUUUAAGAAACCUGGAGAGCUGCUUUGCGCUCCAGAAGAAGAUUGUGGAGGCAGCGAAAAAACUUGCCUAUGAAAAUGAGCUCUGUAAAACUGUGAAGAAGAAACGUAGGAGAAACCUUUUGGACACUACCAAAAAACUCCAGGAGAUCGAAAAUCAGAUUAAUGAUUACAGAGUGAAGAUUGGCAAGGAGCCCACGCAAAGAGCUUCCGUCAUCAUUGCUGAUGAUGUGAACCUUGACAGCCUUUCUGACAGCUUGAAUUUGGAAGAUGAUGAGCCAUCGCAGAGACAACAUUCACGUUCAGUGCAGUAUUCUCCACGUCCCAACUCGUCAAACUCCUUCGCUGCAUCAUACCAUUCAGAUCACAUAGAUCACGCCAAUGAUGACUACCAGGACUGCGGCAGAAUAAAUUAUGGUGAAGUCCAAGAAUCUGUGGCCUAUAUACACGGAGACGCCUUAUCGACACACAGCAGUCCCUACCGUCAACCCUCACGCCAACCCUCUGACUCGCGGAGCAUGCCCCCCACCCCUCAACUUCCCCGCAAUGCCUACAGCAGCAUCCAGCUCAGCACUCAUUUUCGGCAACGCAGCGGCAGUCUGGAAUCUCAGUCACAGUUCGUUACGGAAAGUGAGCCAUCCGAGCCCGUCUUCACCAUAUCUCCUCCUCGUCGUAGCAAUAGCACUGAGAUACUUGACGAUGGUUCCUCCUACACCAGCCAAUCCAGUGUGGAGUACUCCGUACCCGGCUGCCAUUCUCGUGCUAAAAACCGCCAUCGGCGGAGGCAGGGUAACAUAUACGCCAACACGGGCAGCAUGCCUAACCUAGCACAAAACGAGACACGGGGUUAUACACCCCAACCUCACCAACAACCAACCACCACAGCCUAUUACGUUACCGGGUAUCCACGGUACAUCGAACCUGAGGUGUACCCAAAUGGACCGUACGAGACUGAGAUGGAAGGACACUAUAAUGUUAACCCAUCCUACUACAGACAUGGCCCUCAUGGGAACUAUGGCAAGGACGAGAUAGAUGGUUUGUCUCAUAACCUUUAUGCCACAUUAAGGCCAUCAAGGAACCGUCCUCCAUCCAGGAAUGAGAAUAUUGUCAAAAACAUGCAAAGGGGUGAAGUGGUGGAACACUUGCGUGGUUGGUACAACCGACAGCACAGACAACAAGGGUAUGAUACCUACAGGGGACCGCAGCAGAACCUGGGCUACAGGACCAUGUCAUCGAGUUACGUACGCAGUGACAGUACAACUUCCUACUCGACAGUGGGUUCGGGAAACUGGCACGGUCGACCAGUCAUGGCAAUGUCAGAGUACGAUAUGCCUCCCGCACAUCAUCAGUCCUACGGCUACAACACUGUCCAUUACAGCCAACCGUUACACAGCAGCCCUGACCCCCAUCUGCUGGCUCUGCCUCCUGACCCUGUUAUGGACAGAUACCCACCCGUGUACAGGUGGAUGACUCCGGGCAGGAGAAGCCCGUUGCCAGCACCUUUAGAGGUGCCGGGUGCUGUUGCCAGCGGUUAUGACCCGGAAUACUUUUACACUAAUUGCUAGUGAAACAGACAACACAUAAAACAUUGAUCCUACAUAGAUGUGAACCACCAUGAUUCACACACGAGCAGCCCAAUGGACAGCAGUUUUGACUCUGAAGACCAGCA